AUGCGCUUCAUUUUCCGUCAGAAUGCGGUCCGAAGCUAUAAGUAUCUACCCUCCUCUUCGGGCGUUCGAGGUCGACUAGAGGUGUCCACAGCGUUGAACUUGAGCUGUUCCGGAUUCCUCUACAAUGUGAUGAUUCUAGUCGAUGUGGUACUACUGAUAAUGCACACGUGGACGUCAGUUGAGUUACUAGAGCGACUAGUUCUCCCACCGUUGUUGCGUACUCCUACCAAGCAAGAGAUGCGAGAUCUAAUCAAAGGUGAAGGACGUACGACGCUCUUCGCGUGCUCUUUAAUCCACAGCUCGCCGGUAGCGAUGCUCACGGUUGUGUCUGCUUUGCUUUCGUGGAUGUUGCUACUUCCUCACACUGCAGUGUGGGAACUCAGCGGCGAUGAAACCUCGUUAUCUUUUGCGUGGAUCCACACUCUCUUGUCGGGACUGCGUGUGUGGGUGCUGCUGUUGCUAUCGGUACAUUAUCUAUGGGGACUCUUCGUUUUCAUCGACGAAGGACGAGCGUACAUGUUAGCAACGCGUACGUUUGUAUCGAGCAGCGAGCUUGUAGCUGCUGUGGUUGUAGCAGGCUGUCUACUCCGAAGCCGUUUGCUGUCGAUUCUACCUAUGAAACACGACAUGGAGCGUCAGCGAAUCGUGGACAACGCCGCGUUUCCAGGCCGUUCGGCGAUUAGCAAUGCCUUCGAAGACAGGAUGCACAUGCUACCGUCGAGAGUGCAGAGCUCAGUGCUGUGGAUGAUCUACGCACCUUUGAUCGAACUACUGUUCCUCUCUCUGUUCUUCGUAACCAUUGGGUUAGCUGCUCGCUAUCUGCUCCACGAGUACCGACGUCGCAGAGCUAAACAAGCUGUGACUGCAGCUGAUGGCGGCUCCGUCGCUGGAUUCUCAUCCGCACAGGCCGCAAUGGCCGGGUACAAGCGCCUUCCACUGGAAGAACUACUGGACGUACCGAUCCGAGCGAAACACAUCGUUCGUAGCGGUGGCAUCGGUGGCUUGGAGAAGACCAUAGGCGACGAACAGUUCCUCUGGCCAGUGCAAUAUCUAUUGCAUGGCGUGCUGCUGGAAAACGACCGCUAUCUGAGCACGCGUCGUGGCUUCUAUCGCGUGCUACCCAUACAAGAAUGUAUAGAUUCGAAUACGGGUCAGCAACGCAACGAAGCACCUGUCGAGGAGACUAACGGGUCUCCUAAGCGCCGCAGAUACACUGCAAGCGUCUUCAAUUGA